GACAGAGGAGCUGAGCACACCGGCUUACCAGCACCAAAAAAACUCCAAAAACUCACCUCAAAGUGCCAGCUACUCCUGGGACGACCCAAAGUCUCUCAAAAACCAUGGAGGACUACACUUUGCCGUUCAUGCUCUAUCUGUGCGUGCUCACUGUGUUCCUAGGGGGUGCUGUGAAGAAGAUUUUGGCAUCCCAGCUGAGUGCAGCAUCUACCUUCGUGGCGUGGUUAGGUGCGACAGUAUUGGUGGAGAGGUUGUUGGCGUUCUGUCUGCCUGCCGCACUGGUGUUGGCGGUAACAGGGCUCACCUGGUUGGUUUAUCGUAAUGUAAAAGCCAAGCCGGUGCAACUUCUGCCAGCCAAUGGGAAAGCAGUUUUCAUCACAGGCUGUGACUCUGGGUUCGGGCAGGCCACAGCGAAGCAUCUGGACUCUCUUGGUUUUGAAGUCUUUGCCACAGUUUUGGACCUGAGCUCAGAGGGGUCCCAGGACCUGUUCCAGACCUGCUCCUCUAGACUCACUCUGCUGAAGGUCGACAUCACACAGCCUCAGCAGGUGCAGCAGGCCCUCACAGAGACCAGGGCCAAGCUUGGACUCAGAGGUCUGUGGGGUUUGGUGAAUAACGCUGGAGUGUGUGUGAACUUUGGAGACUCGGAGCUGUCCCUGCUGUCCAACUUCCGCGGCUGUAUGGAGGUCAACUUCUUUGGGACGCUCUCAGUGACCCAGAGCUUCCUGCCUCUGCUCCGACGAGCCAAAGGAAGAAUCGUCACCAUCUCCAGCCCUGCAGGUGACCUGCCGUUCCCCUGUCUGUCGGCCUACGGUUCGUCCAAAGCGGCUCUGAACCUGUUCAUGAACACUCUAAGACAUGAACUGGUGCAGUGGGGUGUCCAGGUGUCCACCGUGUUACCGGCAGCUUUCAAGACAGGUCAGUCCAGUAACCACGCCUACUGGGAACAACAGCACAAGACUCUGCUCCAGUCACUUCCUCCAUCUCUGCUUGAGGAAUAUGGUGAAGACUAUCUGACUGAAACCAAGGAACUCUUUCAGUCUCACGCCCGCACCGCCAACCCCGACCUCAGCCCUGUCGUCAACACCAUUGCAGAGGCUCUGCUCGCCCCUCGGCCCCUCCCACGAUACUACGCCGGGCCAGGGGUGGGGCUUAUGUACUUUAUCCACAGCUACUUCCCGUUCAGUGUUUGCAACAAGUUCCUCCAAAAACUGUUUAUGCAGAAGAAGUUGAUGCCCCGAGCUCUGAGGAAACAAGCAGAGUUCGAUCUCAGUAUUGAUCUUCAUAAUAACAAUAAUAAUGACGAGAAGUUUGGGAAAUAAAAAUGAAAAUAAAACUCAUGGACAAUAUAUCUGCAACGGCGUCAGCACAUAGCAUGGACUGAAGCUGUGUUUUACUUCGGUUUAUUAGUUGCCAUGGUGUCUAGAAUACACACUCCUCCAAUACUUUACAACAAUAUGAGGCUGGUCACCGGUUAAUCUGCCCGAGUUCAGAGGGGCGUGUUUGACAGCCAGUCAGGGAGACGCAUGGUCCAUAUCAAAACAAAUAUGGCUACUUAUGAGGAAAAGAGAAAAGUAAAAGUAUCACAGGACUGAGAAAAA